UUUCCUGAAUUAGUGUUUUACGCUUUAUGAUGCAACAUAUGUGUUUUAGAAGUUCGUGUGUGCCGUCAUAGUACUGCGUUCAGAAUUAGAAAUCAGCUGAUUUUUACAAUGCAAAAGAUAAUGAAAGCGAGCGUGUAGCCUUGAAGUCAAGAUUUCAGGAUUUUCAUUCGAUUUAUUCAAGAUUAUAAGCCAGGGAUAAUAUUUCCUUUGUAUCUACACACUUCUAACACCAUGGCAACAUUACGUAAGAGAACUUUAACGUCAUCGCCAAUUUUACCUGGAGAUGACGUCAUGUCGGAAAGUACCUUAGAAAAAGAAAGACUUUUAGGUUUCAGUGAUGACGAGGAAUCGAUACCGCCAAUGAAAAAUGGGCGUGGCAUUACGAAACAAGAAUUGGCCAUGCCCCCAAGUAUCGCCAGUGACGUCAUCACAGAUACGUCAGCACAAUCACAGUACACCGCCGAAGCUGAAGAGGUCGAGGGAGACAUUGAAAUAUUUAAUAAAGCAAUUCACAUAACGAACUUAGAAAAGGUAGACCACGCCACGUUACUCCACAAAAUGCACGAUCGUUUUAAAAAGAAAGUGAACAAAUGGGAGCAGUUAGCUUACACAUACUCUCGAUACGCAUUUGCAAUGAAUUUCACUAUUCUACUUCUUCAAGUCCUACAGAUGAUACUACAGCAAACCGCCAGCGCAUGGAUGGUUUCGGAAAGAACGAUUUUGACGACACACAGUCUCCUAACAGCGCUCACUGCCUUGAUAGCCGGGUUGCAAUUGAAAUUAAAAAUGAGCGACAAAGCCGAAAGGUACAGAAGAGGCGCGAAAGUUUAUGGACGAUUGUUACGUAUUAGUACUUAUUAUAUUAUGAUGAUAGAAAGUGGCGGGAAAAUUGAAGACGUCACAGGACUUUGGCGGGAAGCCAUGAAAAAAGAAGGAAAAUGGAUUCCGCUUGUUCGAACUUUUGUGCCUUUGUGAUGUCAUUAUAGCCGUUUAUGAUGUCAUAAAAUGUUUGUACCUCAGGUCAUACUUUAUUUAUAAUUUUAUAUUAUGAAAUCACUGAUGAAAUAAUAUUUUGCUACUGUGACACAAUAAACUAUAUCGCGUGAUCGAAUUUGCCG